AUGGCCGUUUUGUGUCACCUGGCCAAAAACAUAUGCAGCCAGCACGCAGCUGUUUGGCUGACACAAGGAGCACUGCGUCAUGUCAGUGCAUUUCCCUUGUCUUCAUUGGAUGCUGCCAGAGAUGUGGGAAAGGUCUCCGUCACUACAGCUGCUUAUGCCGCUUGUCGGCUCAACGACAUUACUCCAUCACUGCGGGGACAAGUACUUGAAACAGUGGCUCGCAAAGUAUUCUCGAGACUUUAUCCAGAUUCCAUGGUGCAAGAUCCAGUACCCGGCGAGCAAUGUGAUGGUAAGCAACGUGGGAUAACAUCUGCUGAAUACGAUUGGCUUUGUGAUGGCAAAAGGGUUCAGUGCAAGUCAGCUCAACUCCGGUGGUGCGACUCAGGCAGGCGGUGGAGAGUGCUGCUUAGCGGAAUUAAGCCAUCCUUGUUGGAUGACCUGGUGUUGGUUCUCUACAGUCCGUCUCAACUGAAUCUCUUCACACAUGAUUGCAAGAGUCGUUUGUCAACAACUGGCGUGAGAACUGUGAGUAAGGGACUGCAAUUGUCCGUUUGCGGUCCCAGAAAUUCGACUUUGAGAGAGGCGGAGGAUGUAGUUCUGAAGAAGCUCCUGAAGUCAGGUCACUGUGUCGCCAGCCUCAAGACGUCGGACGAGUUGGUGCUUGAAGCAUUGCAAUGGCAUACCUCAACAGCUUCGUUAAGAAUCCAGCGCAAAGCUUUUGCACAACACCCAUUGAACUACUUGACUCCCUCUGCGCGUGGAUUACUGUUCCAGCGUGUGGUGCAGGAAGUAGAUUUGCUUUGUCACUCUUGCUCCUCUCAUUUCACUUCAACAGCUUCCAACUCCCCAUGUGAUUGGCACAGAGAUGGAUUGCGCGUCGAAUGUAAGUCCGCGAGGCUGGCGUGGUCUGAGAACAGUUGGCGGUGCCAAUUUCAUGGGAUCAACUUCGCAAAAUUUGAUAUGUUGUACUUGGCUUUGGACUCCCCAAACGCGCUGCAUAUUUUUAGAUUUCAAGGGUCGCAGUGGGUUUCUUCCACAGGGCUUGCAGAAGAAACGGAUGGAAAGAAUAUUCGGGUGCGCGGCCCUUCGUGGGAGAUGAGCUAUGAAGCUGCAUUGGAUGUGAUUAUCCAGAAGCUUGUUAGCACUGGUAGUGAGCAUUUAGCCUGUGUGCUGUGGUAG